UGUAAGACAACACAAACAAAACGUUCUUUUAUUUUCUUUUUAAACCAAUGAACCAAAACUUUUUUAUGGAUUGCUUUUAAUUAUAUACAAUAAAACAGUUUAUUUCUACAGCUGAAUUAAUCAAUCGAAGUUAGUUGCUUGACAAAUGGGCAAUAUUUUCUGUCUUUCUCGAUGUUUUUCUUAUAAAGUUCGUAAAGUGUGUAAUCUCAAAAGAUUGUUCGAGGGGCCCCAUAGUUUUGCGGAAUCAUUGCUUUAAGCAUCUGUCGUGAUUUUGGAUGCUAAAAUUUGCUUUUGCUUGAUACAAGCUUUACGGAAAUCGGUAAGAACAUGCUUCUUCGCUACUGAAUACUUGUUUAUGAUGUCCAAUCAGUGCCGCGCGUGCCUAAAGAAAAUUUACCACUGGAGUCCAAGAGAGAAAACGAACUUAUUUUACACAAUUGUGGCUUUUUCGUUUGUAUGUAGAUCGAUUCCAAAACUGCUAGAUGUUUAUGAUGCUAAAUUGCUCCCGAUACGUUGAUAGUGAACCAGCCAUGUGUGUUUGGAUUCGCCGUAUCACAAAGAGGCGAUCACAUAGCUAUACGCUUAAUCUAUGAAUUUCAACCGAACACCUGUCACUUAAUCUUAAAUACGUGUGGUUUUGCCACUGGUGUGCAAACGAACUUGGUAGCAAGAGCACUCGAACCGUCUUGUGCAGAGAGAAGUAUGGUGACAUGGAUUGUUAUUAAGAAGAACUGUUCAUCAGUUGAAGUUUUCUUGGUUUGCCAGUGUUCACUGAUUUAUUGGUGAGCAUAAUUUGCCUGGAGUGGCUGGAAGAGUUAACUGGGUUGCCGUAUUGCACAUGCUAGUUCCUUAUAACUCAAUCAUUUACAGCAACACGAACACGAGAGUUAACUGCAAAUAAGAUCCUGGGUCAUAAAACAAGUCUGCUGUUCUUUUGCAAUCCUCAAAAUGGCCACCGAUCUCCGGGAAAUCAAUGGGACGAUGAAAAAUUUUCCAAAUAUGAAGAACUUCACUCGCCCAGCUUUGGUAGAUAAUGUUGAGCUGGAAAUAACCAUUUACUCAUUUUAUGGAGUUAUCUUCUUGUCCGGGUUCUUUGGGAACAUGCUGGUAGUCCUGAAGAUAAUUCGAUCUGAGAAAACAAAAUCAAUGAAACACUGUUUCUUGCUGAACCUGGCAAUUACAGAUCUGCUGACCUUGUUCAUCGUCCUGCCGCUCACCAUAACAGGCCGAUAUUUGUCGUGGCCCUUUGGAGAGUUCGUCUGCAAGUAUAUAUUCCCCCUUACAGAUGUUGUCAUUGCAGUUUCUGUUCUUACCCACGUCAGCAUCAGUCUGGAUCGAUAUCGCACCAUCAUAUACCCAAUGUCAGCAAAGCCCAGCCACUUGCAACGCAUUCUAACCUUGGUUGCCAUUUGGGUGAUCUCCUACCUUCUUAACGGUUUACCCCUCAGCUUGGUCCUUCAACUUGGAGAAGGUUAUUGGGUGCCUCAAGCUUGCAUUCUCCAGUGGCCAAACAUACACGUUAAAAAUGCCUACUACCUUCAGAGGGUGGUGAUGAUCUUCUUUCUACCAAUCAUUGUCAACUUGCUUUCCUACAUCCGAAUCAGUAAAGCAUUAAAAGCAAGCCUACUACUGUUGCAAGGAUCUGCCCGCGGGAAAAAGCGCGAGACACGCAUUCGGAGUCAACAACGACUUAUACGAAUGUUUCGUGCCAUUUUCAUUGCCUUUGUGGUAUGCUUCUUCCCCAUUCACAUCUUAACAAUGCUGAGCCUAUUCGUUGAGAAUUUCUACCUGUGGAGUGGCAGCGGACAGGUAUUUCAAGUUGCUCUGGUGUUUGCGUAUGCCAACAGCAUGUGCAAUCCUGUCAUUUUGGUGAUAAUGAGCACAGAUUACAGGAAGACGUUCUAUUCAUACCUUCCCAGAAUUCGCUGUCCAUCAUGCUCAAUUUUGCUGGAAAAGAAAGAAGGAAUGUCUCUAACCUGCAGGGAAGUCAGUUAUUCCAUGCAUUCAUUGCACCGAAGGAGCAAAGAAGAUAACCUAGAGGAUGCUGGGAAAUACGAGUGCUAUGACCUGACCGGGGAAAGCCCACUCCAAAUGAGGUUUCUGGAACAAGAGGGAAACGAGAUAUGAUCUAAGGGGACCUAUUGUUCAGGCCAAACUGGUGUUGGACCCUGAUUUUAACUGAAUACCAAUGUAUACUAGUUCAACAUAGUUGGUGUUGUAAAAUUUGAAUUGUAUUGGCAUUAGCUUUAUAACCUGUGUCCCGGUUUAAAACAUAUUCAGCCUUAGAGGCUUUAUUUGGGCUUGGUUAUGCAUUUCGGAUAAUUAACAGUAUAAAACAGGCUGGCAGAAGCUGCUGUAGAUAACUUUUUAACCAUACUUUCAACUGUGUUCCUCGGACAGUGGAUUAAAUCUUGUGCGUAAAGUUGUAAGGGUAUUCAGGCACGCCGGAGCUGGGGGUGUUGGUUGGCUAUGGCCCCCUUACCUUCCUUUUUUGCUGAACAAUGAUAUUCAGGGCAUCAAAGAUUAUUGGGGGGAAUCACCAUAAAAGUUUGCCAAUUUGUCCAGAGCCUUCCCCCAAACACAAACUGUGCUCUAGCGUCCCUGGUAUUGUCUGUAUUUAUCAAGCCUUUCGGUUGAGUAUACACAAGUUUAAGCGCCUUGAGAUGGUGCUUGAAACCAUUUUUCGUUAUCCAGACGUUGUGUUGCUUCUAUAAUGAAAUUUUGAAUGGGGAGGGGGGGGGGAGACAUAAAUUUGAAUAACUUGUUAGGGAUCGUUUUUACCAAAAAGAUUUCAAUUUAAUCACAUAACUAUACAAUGUGGUCCAAGAAACAUCUUUUCAAGUAGCAACCCAAAUUUUCUAUUACAAUAUUUUCUAUCAAGUGAUCCUUUCUAUCCCAUUAUAUAGAUUUGAAGUUUGUUGUAUAGAAAACCUUACUCGAUUUCCAGAAGGAGCUUAAAGAAUAGAUCCCUAGCCAUUCUUUGCAAUCAAUAUUCCAAAGUAGUUUUACGAAUACGCUAGCCGUAUCUCCACAACUAUUUGGGUUAAGGCGACAUCUUAAGCGUUACUUCUUAUGAUAUCACUGAUUACAGUUCAUCAUAACCUGCAUCACAGACUAUAACUGAGGUUGAGGUAUCCAGUUAUGAUCUAUCAUGAUGUUCAUUACUGCCUAAAGUAUGAAAUAUCCCUCAGGUCAUUUCAUUUUUUUCUAGAGAAAGUAUCUUAGGCUAAUCAGUUAGAGAUUACUUUUAUCCUAGGACUGUAAGCAUCCCAGCAAAAUGAAUUUAGAUGCCCCAUGAUAUAGACCAAUUUCAUGUUACUUUUUGAACAAUUUUGCAACCUUUGAUGGAUCGAAUUUAAAAAGCCUCAGGAAAAAUCCGUUUGCACAAGGUUUAACUAUUCAUCCAAACCCGUUUAAUCAUUUCCCAGGAAUGUCUAUAUUCCUUAAGAAACCAUAAAAUUUUCACUGUGUUCCUAGAAAAGGGUCACAUCUAGACCGUUUAUAGGUCAAUCGAACUUUCCACAUGCCUGCAAGAUAGCUCCUUGACAAUCAUGGUGCAUCGUUUAUUUUGUAAGAUACGUUUAGCAAGUUACUCAAUCGGAAUUGCAACAAUUAUUUUUUUUCUUUCCGUUGGGAUUAUUGUGAUGUGAAUCAUAAUAAAAUGUAUGCUAUAAUAUUCUGUAAUCUUGAACAUUAUUGUAAAGUAGGCUGCAAUUAACUUCAUACAGCCGAAGUUGUUAUCUUUUAGUAUUGAGAAGGGUAGAAUUGCUAUUGGAUGAAUUUGGCCUUUUUGUCUGCAUUUCUACAAAAUUGUUGUGCAAGUUUAAUGGGUGCUGGAAAAGUUAUCCAAGCAACUUGGUGCCAUGUUAAGUCGACAGAACUGCAGAAAUAAUUGAAUGUUUCAAAUGAUAUGCCAUUUACUGAUUUUCGUGCUUUCUCUUUUCGUUAAAUUUAGAAUGGAACAAAACUAAAGUUUGCAAUUUUUUCUAUGCAUAUAAGAUAUUACAAAAACAUGUUACUUUCUACUAUACUUAUCCUAGUUACUAUACUACACCACAUGGACGAUACCAAGGGGAGCAAAAGAUAAUGACUACCCUAUGGCCAACAGGCAACGUUGAACUACACAUAAUUACAUUAUUUAUGUUUAAAAACUAAUGGCUAUGAUGCUAGGUUCUGUUUGACAGCUAUUGAACAGUA